GCCUCCUCAUCCCGGCGCCGGUUCCUUCGCUUCCUCUCCGAAGCGUAGCGGAUCUGACAAGUGGGGUCUCUAUAGAUUUGCACCCGAAACUGAACUGAGCAGAGAGUGAAAGAGAGAGAGCGAGAGAGAGAGAAAGUAGUAGUGAUGAUCAGUUGUGUUGGAAGUGUGUCGGUUUGACAACAAGUGACGUGAAUUGGAGGCGAUGGCGCAACCUGGGAGCGAGGGCUACUACGGCACGUUUCAGAAUCAGCAGGGCAUGCCGCAGCCUGUUCCCCCCACUCAAGCCCCGAAUUAUUACCCGUCUGUGCCAGGAUAUCCUGUAGGUUCAGCUGCGGAAGAAAAUCGUUACAGACGAACAGAUGAUUCAGAUCGUUUGCCCUUUUGUGGACUUGGCUUUGGUUGGUUCUUGUUUUUGCUUGGAUUCAUCAUAGCUUCAGUACCGUGGUAUGUCGGUGCCUUCAUUUUCUUCUGCCUCAACUACGACCACAGAGAGGAGACUGGAUUGAUGGCUUGCACUAUUGCGGCCUUAGUGUUUAUGAUUUUCGGAGGUACACAGGUGGCAACCCACAACUUGGGGAUAUUUCAGUAGUUCCAAGAGAUUGCGUAACAUGUUGUAGAUGUAGUGUAUGUAAUUUGUUUCCAGCGUGUGGUGAAAAUGGCCUUCUCUGUACUAUAGUAUCAUUUCUUCUGCCGUAAGCGGCAAGCAAUUCUCAAAUAUAAAAUUGUGCAAGUUUUCUGGUUACAA